AUGGCCGACCUCCUGUACGACCUUCUGGCAUCCGUUCCAGAUCAUUCCUCACAGCAGCUUCCGCCUGCCGAUAGGACGUCUCUCGACUACCUUGCGAAUCUCACCUCUCAGACGGUUUCUUCCCUCGAAAAUGAAGAGCCGCAAGCUCUUGCACACGAAUCCCACAGCUUGCUCCUGUCGCUCCAGGCGCUAUCCAAGAAAUCACACAAACCGAUAAUAGAAUCGGCGACGCAUCAUGCAGCCUUACAGACAGCAUUGCCUGUGCUGGCCUCUAGCACAACCGACCUCCGCAACGCUAUCCCGAGGCUUGAUAGCGAGGCCGUCCGAUUCUCAACCACCUACAAUAAGUCAGGCGAGAACGAGCUGCUCGCCCGCAGGAAGAAGGCGUUGCUACUUUCGCGAAAUGUCGAGCGAUUAGUCGAUGUGCUGGAGCUACCAGCCCUUCUUUCUUCUUCCAUAUCCUCCGCUCCAGUCAACUACUCGUCAGCGCUGGACCUCAAUAGCCACAUCCGUCGGUUACAUGCACUGCAUUCGCAGUCGUCGCUAGUCGCGUCUGUGUCAUUGCAGGCCGACGAGGCGAUGCGCACCAUGGCGACGAACCUCGUCCUGUCGCUCAAGGCACCUAAUCUGAAGCUUGCUGCCUCUCUCCGCACCAUCAGCUGGUUGCGCAGGGUGCUUCCCGACAUCAAAGCAGCAGAUCAGAGCGGUGAAUCGCAGGAACGGGCUUUGGGAGCCCUAUUCCUUGUCUGUCGACUGGCCAUGCUUAUGACUAUGCUCGAUGCCCUGUCGCCGCUGCGAGAGCUCGCCGAUCAGGAGCGCGCCAAACAGACAUCUUCCCUCAAGAGCGGCAGCGCUUGGUCCGGCGGCCAGCAGACAGAAAAAUAUCUGAAAAAGUACAUUGAGAUUUUCCGGGAACAGAGUUUUGCUAUCGUGACCAUGUACAGAAGCAUAUUUCCUCAGGCCGAUGCGACUACUCCACCAACCACUCGGGAUGACCCUCUGCAGCCGCUACCGUCACCACUGGCAACAUUUCCGCUUCACCUCGUCGACAUGCUGUUAGAGACUUUGAGACUGUACUUGCCCACUGUCAGAGACCAGACCUCUCGCGAUAGCCUGUUAACCCAGGUCCUGUACUGUGCUGGUAGCUUAGGUCGCCUAGGAGGCGAUUUUGGACUGUUCCUGGCUACCCUCGAUGUCGGCGGCGAGGCUGAGGAGGAGUGGGUGCAAGUUGUGAAGCGACAUAGGCUUCUUGCUGGAAGGCUAGAGUCUAUAGUCGGGGAUCAAAAGGAGAAAAGCGGCCGUUAG